CUUCCCCCUAUAUAUAACUCUUCUUGUGUGCAAGUGAUUUCUUGUACCAAACACACUGUUUCACAAUGGCAGCAAUAGCCGAUGAUGUUCAGAGAAGCUCCAAAUCUUCCAAAUGGUUUGCUAGCAAGAGUCUCAAGCUCAGCUUCCCACGUCGUCGAUCAUCGUCCAAGUCCACCUCAUCGCCAUCAACCUCCCCCACCUCCCCUUUCCCUACCACUCCAAGACAUACCAACAGGGAAGAUGAGUUCAGAGAAGUGUUUCGCUAUUUCGACGGAGAUGGAGAUGGGAAAAUCUCGGCCACGGAGCUGAGGGCUUACUUUGGUUCUAUAGGGGAGUACAUGUCGUAUGAAGAGGCUGAGGCUGUGAUCAACGAGCUCGAUUCCGACGGGGACAGUCUGUUAACCUUUGGGGAUUUUCUUCAGCUGAUGAAGAGGGAAGGCGGUGGCGACGAGGAUCUGAAGAGGGCUUUUGAGAUGUUUGAACUGGAGAAAGGGUUCAUAACACCAAGAAGCUUGCAGAGGAUGUUGCACAGACUCGGAGACACUAAGUCCUAUGAUGAGUGUGCGACUAUGAUCAAAGUUUAUGAUACUGAUGGGAAUGGGGUGCUUGAUUUUAACGAGUUUCAUCGAAUGAUGGCUUAAAGUUUGUGAUCUAGUUCGAGCUUUAAUUUUGCGAAAAAAGAUUACCUAAGGAAUCACAGAAUAUGUAUGUAAGCGCUGGUUUUGUGGUUCUUCGAUCAUAAUCUUUAUAUGGUAAUCAAUGGACCAAAUUAUGCUUGGGUUUUGCUUUGCUUUC